AUGCAGGCACUCAAGACUGUUCUUAUUGCUAAUCGCGGCGAAAUUUCCGUCCGAUGCAUCAGGGCUUGUAAGAAAUUGGGAAUAGAGACGGUGUCUCUUUACACGGCAGCCGACUCCGGCUCCCUUCACGUUUCUCUGGCCACUCGAAGUGUCCUUCUUGAAGAGGACGGUUCCGCUGCAUUUUCAAACAUCGACAACAUCUUGAAAAUUUGUCAAGAUCACAAUGCGGACGCAGUUUUUGCAGGCUAUGGUUUCCUCAGCGAGAGUGCCGAGUUUGCUCGCAGAGUAGAGGAACAUCACAUGGUCUUCGUUGGCCCUGAUGCAACAUCAAUCGAAGCUAUGGGUAUGAAACAUACGGCCCGUGAAGUUGCUAUUGCCGCAGGAGUUCCCGUGAUUAAAGGCUCUGGGCUGCUGGGCAGCCCUGAUGACGCGGUUGAGGCGUCGAAUAUCAUUGGUUUGCCAGUCAUGCUGAAGGCUUCCGGCGGUGGUGGUGGCAUGGGGACUCAAAUAUGCUGGUCCGAAGAAGAGGUACGCAACGGUUUCUCCUACGUGAAGGGAAGAGCGCAGGCUCUUUUCAAGGAUGCCGGUGUCUUUUUGGAGAGGUAUUAUCCGAAAUGCCACCACAUCGAGGUUCAAAUUUUCGGGAAUGGUUCCGCUGUCAUCCACUUUGUCUUCAGAAGAGGACACACGCUUACGACCUUCCUUUCUGAGCAAUACAAGUUCUCACCUGUCGGUUUCCAAGUCGUGAACCCGGGUGGUCAUACAACUAUCCAACAAGCCCGCAACCGCAACAUCAAGGGAUUUGGCGUUCCUACUGGAGGUCCCAUGGAUGACCUCUCAGCAACGCUGGCUAACCUCGUCGUGGGCAACCCUGAAGAUACCGAGUGUUUGGAGGUAAUCAUGAUGGGCCCUGAGCUUGUGUUUCUCAACACAUCUGUGAUAUCAGUCUGCGGCGCUGAGUUACCUGUCACGUUAGAUGGCAAGCCCGUCGACAUGUGGUCCCGUAUUCAGGUUCAACCGAACCAGAAGCUCAGGCUUGGUAUUGUCAGCGGCCAUGGAUGCAGCUGCUACAUUGCAUUCAAGGGAGGCUUCCCCUCAGCUGCCGACUGGUUGGGCUCCAAAUCAACAACGCCGAGUCUCGGCUUGGGAGGACUGCAGGGGCGCGUAUUGAAACACGGCGAUUACAUUGAGCUGACAGAUCCCUCUCUUGGCGAGUCCAUGCAAACGAUCAGCCUGCCGGCGCAGCUGAGGCCUCCGCUCGACGUCGCCAACAUAUACGUGAUGCACGGCCCUCAUGAUUCUGACGAAACUGGUAUACGGCUCGACGGCCCUGCCGUUGACUGGGCGCGUGAAAGCGGCGGUGCUGCGGGCGCCCAUCCAAGCAACGUAGUUGACUACCCGUAUCCUUCUCCCGGCGGGGUCAACUGGACUGGUGAUACACCGGCUAUUUUUCCCAGAGAUGCUCCUGAUCUCGGUGGGUUUCUUUGCUCGUCUACUGUUCCCUCAGCCGACCUUUGGAAGUUGGGUCAGAUCAAACCAGGGCACGCUUUCAGGUUUUUACCAGUGACAUACGAUAUGUCUCGCAAGCUUGCCAGAAAGAAGAAGGACUUCAUCGCUGCAGUCCGCGAGUUUCUUGCUGAAGGUGUCAUCAUUCCGGUGACAUUAGUUUUGGACGAGGAAGAGCAUGGCACUAGCUCUGUGCUUAAGAAAGUGAAGGGUACCACAGAUGCUUCAACCUUGAUAAUUCGUCAGGCCGGCGAUACUGCCGUUCUUGUGGAUCUUGGCUUCCAAAAUGCCACGCUCGAAACUUCUGUGCGGGCAAACAGCCUCGCCUCGGCCAUUCAAGCCUGUGCAAAGAAAUACGUUUCCAUCCGCAUCAACAUCAGCUCCGUACUGCUAGAGUUCGACCCCAACCUAAUUUCACAGGCAGAGAUUGUCAAUCUCAUCGAAUCAUCUAGCAGCGACGUCAAACGCGUAGAUGUUCCCAUGAAGUGCCGGCUUCUGAAGUUGCCAAUAACAUUUGAUCAUCCUGCCUUGAAAGAGUCGGAGGAACGGUACACCAAACUGAUUCGUUCAAAGGCGUCAUACCUUCCUGACGGCGUCAAGUAUGUCCAGGAGAAUAACGGUCUGGUAGAGAGAGAGGAUGUCUUCCGUAUCUUGAGCAGCCAUCGUUUCAUGGUGGUUGCUGUAGGGUUCAUGACUGGCCUCCCACUCAUGCUACCCCUCGACCCUCGAGUACGGCUGUCAGCUCAAAAGUAUAAUCCCCCGAGGACGUCAACGCCACCAGGGACUGUUGGACUUGGAGGCCGCAGUUUUUGCAUCUAUCCUGCUGACCAGCCCGGCGGUUACAUGCCCAUCGCGCGUUCAAUUCCCGUCUGGGACACGUUCUCCCUCAGGAAGGGUUUCGCCGAUGGUCAGCCAUGGCUCUGUGAGCCCUUCGAUCUCGUGGAAUUCUACGAAGUAGAUCUGGUGCAAUACUCUCACAUAGAGAAGGCCUUUGAGUCGGGAACCUGGGAGCCCCUUAUUGAGGACACCACGUUUGAUAGCGCGCGUGAGCUUGCAAACGAGGCUCACAUUGAAUCCUCCCUUGAAGGCAAAGAGUUUGAUCAGCGCCAGAAAGCUGCGGCAGCGGAGAUGGCACGUCGAGAACAGAGGCUGUACACAGAAUGGAAGGCCGAGACCACUAAGGAUGAUGGAGAUGCCGCCUCAGAAGGCGAGGAAGGGUCCUGUGGCAUCGGGGUUAUUUCUCCUCACCAGGGUAAAGUUUGGAAGAGUUUGGUGAAGCUGGGAGACAGGAUCAGCACAGGUCAAACUGUUGCGAUCUUGGAAUCCAUGAAGAUGGAGAUUCCUGUCGUUGCGACUGAACUUCAUGAUGGCCUCAUGGUCAAAGCAAUUAUUGCGAAGGAGGGUGUUUUGGUUUAUCCUGGUAGUGCUGUAGUCAUGGUAGCCAACUAG